CAUUACAGUGUUUGGAGAAUGGAUCCAUCGGUCUUGGUUGCGACACCAAUUACACAACUACAGCGCCAUCAAAACCUACAUCAGUUCCAUGCGCAGCCUACACAGGAUUUUGACACGCCCCCACACCGGAGGAAUGUCACUUUCAAGUCAAAUGUCUUAACAAAAAACAAGCAUGUUUUUUCCAACCUGUCGAUGGAUGAUAUUAAUCAUGGAAUAGAAAUGCUGGAAAAGUGUUUCAGGCCAGUGUUCCCUGGUCGACACACCUGCUUGAAAGCACCAGGAUUUACCUCUUUUGUACAUAACAAACAUAGUGUCAGGAUCGGAAUAUGCUACAGAGAAUUACAAGUGUUAAUGGCGAGUCGUGCAAAGGCUAUGGUACUAAGAGACUGUAUAGUGCGUAUACGCCGUUUUGAAGCUUUUGUGCGUCACCUGAAGAUCAACGUUCAUGAGGAGUACAGUAUUUUGCAACAUCUGCAGCAGCAUGGACAACCUGCUUCUGUGAAGUUUGAAACCAAACUGGAGUACCUUGAAGGUUUUUGUGAUGAUCUGCGUGUGUACCUCAAUUACUGGACAUCAAUUCAACACAAGGUUCACUCAGAAAAGUCGCUUUACCCCUUUUUUUCUGAAUUAAUUUCAGAGUUACAAACUGUGAAAGAUAAGUUGUUAAGACUACAGGAAAGUGCAAUAUGGUGGUUAUAUGACCUGAUACGUAUUGGUUUGUCUGUAUUUGCAUAUUACAAAGGAGAUGAACUCCAUCAGGAUUUUUUAUGGAGCAUUACACGUGGAAUUGAAGAAUACAAUGCAAUUCUUAAACAGGUAAUGGGAAAAGACACAUCUCUACAAAAGGAUUCCGAUGCAAUGCAUUUUUCAUCCAGUGUCUUUAAUGCAUUCAAUGCUCCUGGGUUAAUUAAGUCCAUUACCAUGCAAAAUCUGCUUGGAUUUGUCGCUUCAGAAAGAUCAAAAUUGGUAGCCUUUCGUACUAUCACUUCUUUUUGCGAAAAUAAAGACCUCUCUGGAAUGCUUAUGCAACCGCCAAAGACGUUUAAUUGGCAAACAUGCAUUACUACAGGUGAAAUGAGUUAUGCUUCACAAGAGUUGACAUCAGGAGUAAAACUGAAAAGUGAUUUAAAAGCGAAGUUGUUAUCUGCAAGUGACUUGCAGUGUCUGAAUUUGUCAAAAGCUGCAUCACCACUACUAAAACUUGAAGCAGAAGAGGAAGAUUUUAUGUCACAAUUGUUAUCAAUUGCCUCCUUCUCUACCGCAUUUCUCCAUCCAAAGUUCCAAAAUUCACAGAAACGGGUGUCAAGAGGCCAGCUGCAUACCAGGCGUCACAGUGCAAAAGAAAACUCACAAUCUUACAAAAAUCAACGUUUAAGCAGGAGAAAAUCUGUCAGUUGGGAAGACUCUGAAUCGUUCACUACAAAGAAACAAUUGUGUAGUUGGUAUAUGGAUCAAUUGUGGAACAACUUUACAACUGAGUUGCAUAGUGUAUUAACUUUAGUGAGGAUAAGGAUAGAGGAGCAUGACCAUCUUCAUCUUGGACAUGUCUUUCAAUGUGGCAUUGCACAGUUGAUUAUUAUACAAGACAUGUUAGAAGCAUUAUGUAUGGAAGAAUGCCUUCCCCAUAGUGCUGCCUCUUCCUUGCAGUCAUUAAGUUAUAAAUUAUUCAGCUCUGUUGCCAUGGCAGCAUCCGAUAUUAAAUUAUGUGAUACUUUAGGAUCGGCAUUGUCAGAUAAGUGCCUGCCAGCAACAUUACAACCAGAACAAGAGGGAUCCAGAACGUGCUCCCUCCUUCAGGCAUCCAUCCUUCCGCUUAUCUCAGUCCUGAUGGCCAGUCAAACCAUCUAUAUGUUCAACAGAAUGGGGAAAGUACCAACUGAGAAGUCUGAUAGCUUACAUAUUAUCCCAGCUCUCCAGUUAGUCUCUGCAAUCGAUGUCGGAACCUACUGGUGUUGGACAAGAGCCGAGAAGUACCUGGCCUCCUGGUCAGUCGCAGAAUUUCUUCUGGUCACUCAGUGUGACCAUCAGAUUAUUAGAGGCCUUUGUGGGAAAGUGGUUCAUUUGACUGACAUCAUGUGUCGAGGAACCAACCAAUCAUAUUCUAACAAAUAUCAGCUGUCAACUUCUUCAGUGCAACUUAAUCAAAUUCUUAGCAACCUUCAGGAUAUUUCAAAACUCACUAGUCAACUGUUUUCUGAGGACUGUGGCAAAAUGUGCAGCGAGUAUUGGCAGAAGACAAUGCCGAUAGGAAAGUUUUGGAGAAGGAAAACCACCAAUGUUCUUCCCACAGAACCAAAUCAGUACGCCAAAGCCUCUACAGUGACGAUAAUCCAGCCAAUCAUAGAAGCCAUCAGUCGUCUUCAACCAGAGGUUCAGGUAUCCAUAGUAACCGUCUUCUUAUCUACAAUGUUUGAAACCUGGAUGGAACAUAUUCUAAAGCAGAAGUCAAAGUUCAGCAUUCAUGGAGCCUGCCAGUUAGAGGUUGAUCUCUACUACGUGCAACACUGGUUCCGAUCUAAGUCAGAUAUUUUGUGUCAGCAAGCAAUGCAGAAGAUCUUGUCCCUUAAUGCAUUCCUUCAGUUUGAAAGUGCAAUACAACUACUUAAGCAACAACCCGGCAGGAAUGAUGGACUUAGUAAUACCUUAACAGGUUCAGUAGAUGAAAUCAAUUCUGAGUACAGUGAGAGUACAGCAAAGAGUGAAGCUUGCAAGAAAAGUUUGGGAAGUAGUUCUGACUCGGUCCCUCUAGGGGCAGAAGCAGUUGAAGACUCUAUGUUGUUUGUUCCAAACAGGCAGGAGUGGUUAAACUUGCGUGUCCAUGGUCAAAGUAAAAAAUGGGUUCUGCCAUUCACAUGCAUGAAGGCAGGACAGGAGAACUAACUUGGUAUCAUCACAUUUUAAAAUGUAUAGCCUGCUGAGGAAUUUACAAACAAAACUUACCAACUUCUAGUGACAUAUUUUGUCUUGAAAUGGUGGUGAGGGGGCUAAUAGGGGUACAAAGGUGAGGUUAGCUGCUCGAUGAUUAAGUGUUGGGGGAGAUAGCUCGCAAUUUUUAGGUUAUACAAAGUGUUUUUUAUCUACUCGAGUCUGACAUUUUUUGCUUCGAACAUUUGCAUGGGGGAGAGCGCAAGGUUUUUUUAGAGGGGGAAUCCGCUAGAUACCCAACUUGAGCAUAACAUUUCUAUUGAAAACAAAUUCUAUUGAUCACCCUGAAUCAUUUAUAAAUCAAUUGAAAAUUCCUGGAAACAUACUGUAUCUUUAUGGAAUACACUAGGUUUACUCACGUACAAUACUCCUUAAUUUCACUUGAUUUUGCACCAGGUUUCGGAGGUGAUAGAUACAGUCUGUGGUAACAUCAGAAAAAGAGUUGCUGAGUGAGCAAGUUUUAAGAAUAGGCACGUGAUGCCUGGAGAUGGCACUUUGACUGUAAAACUGCUUUGUUCCAGAUGAGAACAUGGGAUAUGAUUGGAUUAUUCCUCUACUCUGUUCCUGAAUACCUUGAUGUAUUAGUUGUUUUUUAAAGUUGAGGCCUAAAGAAUUUUGCUCAUUGUUGAAGAGUAAAGUAAGUAAAUCCUUGCCGAGCCACUAGGACUCAUAGGGCUCGAGCUUAUCCCCAGUUUCUGUAGCGUGAAGCGGAUGAGAGUGUAUAGUACCCCCCUGGGCGGGACGCUGGUCUACCGCAGGUUACUCCCAGCAAUUUGCUGGUACCCUUUCAUACAGCUGGCUAGACUGAAGCAAUGUAGAUAAAGUGCCUUGCUCAAGGACAUACAGUAAGCGAAAUGUACAGCGAAGAAUUGAAACGCCGAUUUUGGGGUUUGUCAACCAAACCAUUCCCACUGCGCCAAACCACUUCCACACGUUGAAUAGUAAUUCGUCGCUCACAUCACGAACUAACACAAUCAAAGUAGAUUGUGUUAGUUCGUGAAAUCACAGUAGCGCGUCAAAAC